AUGGCGCCGCCGUUCGCCGUCGCCGUCGCCGCCGUUUCCUCCUCAUCCCCUCUCUUUUCCUCCUCAUCAUCCCGCCCCAUCCUCCGCCGCCACCCGCUGCUGCGUUCUAUCUCCGUGCGGCCACGGCACCGCUCGGCUGUGGCCUCCGCCGCGGCGACCGAGUCCGCUGGGAAGCUCCUUCUCGAGGUACACGGGCUUACCGCCUCCGUCAAGGAGAAUGGGCAGCAGAUCCUAAAAGGCGUCGACCUCACCAUCCGCGAGGGCGAGGUUCAUGCGAUCAUGGGGAAGAACGGCUCCGGCAAGAGCACCCUCACAAAGGUUCUUGUUGGCCAUCCACACUACGAGGUAACUGGUGGUACCAUUCUCUUCAAGGGUGAGAACUUAAUUGACAUGGAGCCAGAGGAGAGAUCUCUUGCAGGCCUCUUUAUGAGCUUCCAAGCGCCUAUUGAAAUUCCUGGAGUGAGCAAUUAUGAUUUUCUGCUCAUGGCAAUAAAUGCUCGCAGAGAGAAGGAUGGUCUGCCAGCUUUGGGACCUCUUGAGUUCUAUUCUGUUGUAUCACAAAAAGUCGAGGCCUUAAAGAUGGAGCCAAAGAUCCUUGAUCGUAAUGUAAACGAAGGAUUUAGUGGUGGAGAAAGGAAGCGCAAUGAGAUACUGCAACUUUCUGUCCUUGGGGCUGAUUUAGCCCUCCUCGAUGAAAUCGAUUCUGGAUUAGAUGUUGAUGCACUCGAAGAUGUAGCUCAUGCAGUGAAUGGGCUCUUGACUCCCCAAAACUCCGUUCUGAUGAUUACGCAUUACCAACGUCUUUUGGAUCUUAUUAAGCCAAGCUAUGUUCACAUCAUGGAAAGUGGCAAGAUAGUGAAGACAGGUGACAGCUCUCUAGCCAGCCACAUCAACGAGGGUGGCUACAAAUCAAUCGCUUCUUUUGUAUAG